AAGGAGAUCCCGAAUUGGGUACUAUGGUCAUUUUGGCUCAAGCGGUCGUGGUUCACUUCAAGGGAUAUUGUCCUUGCCAAGCUUGUGUUUGUUGUAGCACGUUUUGGCAAUGAUGUUAAGCCUCCUCCUGGUUGUCUUGGGGAAUUUGGGUGGUGCACAAGGGACCAUUGGCAAUGGUACCAAACCGCACAUCGUGUUCGUUCUCACCGACGAUCUCGGGUGGAACAGCGUUUGGAACAACGUGGACAUUCAUUCGCCGACAAUCAACUAUUUGGCGACAGAUGGAGUCAAGCUCACGAGUCACUAUGUAUACCGGUUCUGCUCGCCGACAAGGGCUGCUUUCCUCACGGGACGCUCUCCUUACAAACUCGCCAAUAUUCGCAGCAAUAUAUUACCUAUCACACGACCAGAGUCGACUGACCUUCGCUUCACUAUGCUCCCGAAGCGUCUGAGAGAGGCUGGAUACCGUAGUUACCAGAUUGGGAAGUGGCACCAAGGAUUCGCGUUGAAGGAAAUGUUGCCGGUCAGUCGUGGCUUCGACGAGUCAUAUGGUUUUCUUGCUGGAGGCGAGGACCAUUUCACGCAAGUCAACAUGCGUUGCCCUGCAUGGGGCAAGGGUGCCUACGGAGAUGUCACCGAUUACUGGGAGCAAGGUGGACCAGCCCCAAUUUCAGGCAGGGCAAUCAGCCAAUGCAGUGUUCCCGUCGCUGACCGACAUGCCUGGCCAGUGGAUUUACAGUCAUCAGCCGGAACACUUCAUCGGAGAGUGCAUUGCAGCAUUGUGCUUCAGGAUCUUUCGCAAAUUGUGCUUUCGAUAAUCAAACCCGAACCUGCUUUCAGUGUAAGACUAAAAGGUACACAGGUUUUGAUUUCUGUGCAAAGGCCGUCGCUGUGAUCGAACGUCACGCUGAGCAGUACAGGGAUAAGCCUCUGUUCAUGUAUCUGGCACUGCACAACACCCAUGCUCCUGUUGAAGCACCGGACGAAUUCAAAGCCAUGUACAAGUAUGAUUUGGACAAGCGGAACACUUUUGAUGCAAUGGUAUCUGUCGUUGACAGCACAGUUGCGAACGUAACUACGGCGCUCAAGGCUGCUGGCAUGUGGGAGAAUACUUUGUUCGUCUGGACGACAGACAAUGGAUCUCCCUGCCAGGUUGCUGGUAGCAACGCGCCCCUGCGAGGCAACAAAGGCAGCGGCUGGGAAGGAGGAACUCGGGUUCCAGCGUUGGUAAAUGGAGGUGUUCUUCCGGAUACCAUGCGUGGAAAAACGCUCGACGGCAUCAUAGCUAUUUGGGACUACUUCGCCACAUUCUUACAUCUGGCAGCGGUUGAUCCUGCAGAGCCAAACCAGCAGAGCCCCGCACCCGUUGAUUCACACAACAUGUGGCCAUAUUUGAGUGGAGUGGCUGUGUCAUCGCCCCGUACAGAGAUCGUGUUCGAUCACCUCAUGUUCGAUCAAGUUUUUACCGGAGCAUGCAUGGCUGAACACAACGUGACUCAGAUUAUGCCAUGCAGUGGUACUGGGUCCCUGCGAGUUGGGGACUACAAGUUGAUGGUUGGAACAUUCGGCUUUGCUGGACAUUAUGGACACUUCAGCCCAAAUUCCUCUUGGAAUCCAGAGAGUCAGUAUCUUACGCUCUGUUCUGUGGCCAGGCCGUGUCUUUUCAAUGUGAAGGAGGACGUGGCAGAGCAUCACGACCUGUCCGAGGAACAUCCAGAGAUCGUUGAGAGAUUAUUGAAACGGUUUCAUGCGUACUCCACUGAGUAUCAUCCAGGGAGUGAGGAGCCCAAGCUUCGUCAGCAGGAGUAUUGCCACGCAGCACUUCAUAACGGCGGCUUUGCGACGCACGGUUGGGGUGAGGCGCACGUGCAUGACGAUGAGUUUGUCGUAUGAAUGUUGUUCGUUGGAGCUUGGAGAAGAUUGCAGCUCUGCUAUUGGGGCUGAUGUCUGGCAGCUUUGGGGCAGGUCCGCAGUCUUGUGUCAUGCACUGCCAGAUUCACUCGCGCCCAAGAGGAGAGGUUGCCCUAAGCGGAUCCCCCGAGCCUUCCAAAUUGUGAGACAUUCUCUGAGUCGAACCAUUUUCAGGAAUGGCGCGUGGACGCCGCAGACACGUUUCCAGCAAUAGCUGGGCAGAUUCGUUUCGGAUUCCUCAGACUUUGCUGGACGGGGUGCUGUUGUGACGGACGCCAUGUGGACAAGACAGCUCAGGAGCGCACGGCGUGCGAGAGCUGUAGUUUCACAGACCGUGCGACACCGAAGUUCGUGACAUUUUCGUUGCAUUCCCCAGUGCAUCUUGUGGGACGGAGCCUGCCCCACGCAGAGCCCCCACAGAAUCGUGAAUCGUGUCGCCGAGCACCCCACCCCAACCGAGGACCCCAAGGACGAGCCCAUUUGCAGCAUCAUUUGCAAUGAUUCUCCACAUAACAUCGGCGCGGCCAGGCCCUUUCCCUUCCCUCCGUCAGCUGAGGGAAGGAAUCGUUUGGAGGCAAGAUUUUGGCCGCGCGUUUUGAUUGGUGCGCUACUAGCACCAGUUGCACGAGCUCGAGUAUCUGCACGAGCUCGAGUAUCUGCGGUUAGAGGCUCCACCGCAUGAGCCCGACGUACAUCGUUAUCAUCGUUCCCCUGACGGGGGCGCGCCGCCGCUCGGCGCGGUGGCGUCGCUGUUGCUGCUGCUGCGGUCGCUGCUCCUUCUCCUCCCUCCUCCUGCUGCGUUCACCGUCCCCCUCGUAUUUGUUUGUAUGUUUGCUUCGCUUCUGAGGCUUGCGCCUUUCCGCCGCCGCCCCUGCUCCUGGUCUGUGCCGGGCGGGCCUGGUGCCCCAUGGCAAGCUCAGGCUCAGGGCUGGGUGCCCCUCCUGGUUUUGAGGGGAUGGCGUGCGGAAUAAGAGUUAUGUUGCCCCUGGCUCACGGGGUGUGAGCCCAUCAGCAGAACGGCGCGCAGACUGCUGCAAUGCCGAGUCCGACCAACCGACCGACCGAC